CGGCAUGGAGUUAGCACUUAUUCCCGGGCGAAAAUCAAUACUCGGAUUAACGAGUUGUCUCGCGAUGAAUCGGAUUUGUUCCACAGUUGCAUUCUACUAGAGAAUAAUUUAUGACCCUCACUCUCCCAUAAUCCGCAAGCCAGCGUAGAAUCAGCGCAUCACCUUCCACUCUUUUGCAAGCAUGAGCAAAUCAGUCCUCCCAAAACGAACAGCAAGUCACAGCGACGACCCUGAAAGGGGGCACGAUGAUUUGGAGAGAGCUCAUCAACAACCCGUCCCUGCUGUCAUAAACUCAAAGGAGCGCGAGCCUUCCACAGAGACCCACGGCGACAGAAGUUCGAAUGACGGAGACGAAUUUCACAAGAUUAUUGUGGGCUGGAAUACCCACGAGGAUUGCGAGCAUCCAUAUAAUCUACCUCGUUGGCGUAUCAAUGCUACAGCCGCCUUGCUUGCCAUGUUGGCUUUCUUAGUGCCUUUUUCAUCAGCAAUUAUGUCCCCGGCCACUAGCCAAAUGAUGGAAGAUUUCAAUAGCUCCAGCGAAUUACUCCAGGCAUUUAUGGUGUCUGUCUUUGUUUUAGGGAAUGCCUUUGGACCACUGAUUUGGGCUCCUCUGUCCGAGAUCUACGGACGCUUCUACAUAUAUCAUGGGACCAACGUUGCAUUCGUCGCUCUGACAGUCGGCUGUGCCCUCGCGCCAUCGCUAUCAGUUCUCAUCGCUCUUCGCUUUCUAGCGGGUCUAUUCGGGGGAGCAGUACUUGCUAACGGAGGCGCGUCUAUUGCCGACAUGAUGCCCCCUGCGAAGCGAGGCCUGUUUAUGGGCCUGUUUAUCCUUGGCCCCGUUAUGGGACCAGCCGUUGGCCCCAUUUGCGGCGGCUUUCUCUCGACGGCGAAGGGCUGGCGCUGGGUUUUCUGGCUUGUGGCUAUCUUAGCUGGUUUUGUGACCAUCAUGAUGGCCUUAGUGACCCGGGAAACUUACGCUCCCGUCCUUCUCCAACGCAAGCUGGAGCAUUUGCGACAGGCCACAGGAAUUCCUGGGGUUGGCUUGGGGAGAAGUCGGGAUAUGGAAACCAUAUCCUGGCGCACUAUCCUCUGGCAGGGCAUCAUCCGCCCGAUGAAACUGCUAGUUACAUCACCAAUCUCGGCACUCUGCGCUCUGAACAUGGCCGUGGCCUACGGUAUCCUCAACCUAUUGAUAACCUCCAUCUCUAUCGUCUAUCAAGAGACGUACAGCUGGUCAGCGAAUAUAUCUGGCCUUGCCUUCAUCGGUCUCGGUUGUGGCACUUUCUCAGGCACCAUGAUCAUCAGUGGUACUUCGGACAAAUACGGCGCGUCCGCAGCUGCCAAAGAUGGAAGCGGACAGAGAAAACCUGAGUAUAGACUCUUUCUUCUCCCAUUCGGGGGGUUACUCCUCCCCGCAGGAUUGUUCAUCUUUGGAUGGACGGCCGAAUACAAGGUCCACUGGAUAGUUCCUAUGAUUGGCGAGGCACUUAUUGGGGUAGGCAUUAUGAUCAUCUUCAUGUCCACAACCCUGUAUCUCAUCGAGUCCUACGCAAUGUACGCCGCUAGUGCCCUUGCUGCCAAUGGCUUCAUGAGAUCGAUAGGGGGUGGCCUUCUGCCUCUGGCCGGCCUGACAAUGUACUCAAAUCUGGGGGUAGGGUGGGGCAAUAGUGUACUGGCGUUCAUCGCACUUCUUAUACCUCCAAUUUCUUUGGUUCUUCAAUGGUACGGCGAGAAGCUAAGAAAGAACUAUGAGCCCAAGAUUCUCUAAGGGAAAGGCGUAAGAGCGGAAGGAGAAAAUCGAAUAACACCCACGACAAGAAGCUGGUAACUGCUCUUCCUGGAUCAACAAUUUGUUUCAAGUAGUAAUUACCCAAGCAUGUGAUAAACUUGCUAGAAUUACAUUUCGUUUAGACUCACUUGAUAUUCUAGAGGCUAGGAUAUAGGAGCUUUGCAGCUUACCAUUAAAGUUGAGUGAGUUGCAGCGUGUUGCAUUGCCACGACCAAUUCUUACUCCGUUUACGUAUAAAAUUAGAGUCUCCUGCUUGCGAGGGUCAAUAUGAAAUCCGAAACUCUUCUCUAAGGAGUUUGAGUCCCUCAUACCUUGAAUAUUAUGAUCUCUCUGAUUGGUGGAAGAGAACCGGCAAAAUGCAUAUAUAGUCUUUAAUUACUUAACGCUGAG